AUGGCAGAAAUCAACGAGCGCGCCUCUACGUCAUCGCCACCAGUUCCCUCAACACCAGCUCCUGUUCCACAUAUCAGACAGUUGGCUGACAAUAUGACUGAUAAAGUCGGACAAUUUUUCCAGCAUCAAAUUGAGGGAUCUAUCGAAGAGUAUAAAUUGCUGGAGACGAUGAACAAUACAACUGCUCAACGUUAUGUCGAUAUGAAGGUCGUGGCGGAGAAGCUUGCUGGAAAACUUGAUAAUUUGAACCAGAAGUAUGACACUCUUCGUCCAUAUUUGACUCAGAUCGAUGCGAUGGAUGAGAGUACUCGCAGAUUAGAAGAAGCGACUGCUGUGUUGGAGAACUAUGUUUCACAAUUGGAGUCCAAAUUGACCACCAUUCAACAACAGAAUCAAUGA